CCCAACUCCAUCGUCUCUCUCGUUGAAGCGCUCGCUUCCGCCGCUGUCGUAAUGAGUGGUGACCGCGGCACCAGAUCGACACUGGAGAAGAGAUGGAAGAGCACGACAAUGGAGGGAAAGAUUCCGUCAUUGCUGAAACUGUGAGUUUGGGUACUGGUGGAAGAGGAAAAGGAAUUGGAGAUGGCCACCGGAAUUCAAUUUGGGGAGGAGAGGUGAUGGUGGCAGGUGUACGUGGGCACCGGGCCGUGCCACCCACGGGCUUGCACGGCACGACACGAUUAGAGCACGGCACGAGCACGGACACGAAAUAUAUGGGCCAGCCCGACAUGAGCACGAAUUCUUUACGGGCCGUGCCGAGCUGAACUUCAUGGGCACAGGCACGAGCACGGGCACGGCACGGUUUGUAAAUGUGCCAUGCCGGGCCAAAUAUUUUUAGAACCUUAUUGAGUGUAAGGACGGACAUAGCACAAAAAGAAUAUUAAUUUGAUAAAAAAUAAAUAUAAAAAGAACAAUAUGUUCAAAUAUUGCAACAUAUAAGUAGCAAAAAUAAUUAUUUAUUGUUGUUAGAAGUGAUAAUAAAGAUGAAUACGUAAU